AUGAAGCUUUCAACAGCUGUACUUACUACCACCAUCGCGGCAACUGGUGCUCUGGCAGCACCUCGCUCUGGCCUAACGGAGCGCUUAGAGGCCCGUGGUGUCUUGCAACGCCAGUCUUUACCGGCCCACAAAUUCGAGAAUCUCGACGAGGAAAACGGUGUCCUACUCAAAGAGGGAUCUAGCUCAUCCAAUGUUCAGUACAGUAAGAACUGGGCUGGCGUCGUGCGCGAGCAGCCCCCUGCUAGUGCAAUUUAUACCGCCGUUUCCGCGACAUUCACCGUGCCCAAUCCCGUUGCGACUGAUAACUCGGGUAACACGCAAGCCGCCUCUGCAUGGGUUGGCAUCGAUGGCGAUACUUACACCCAGGCUAUUCUCCAGACUGGUAUUGACUUCUACGUCCAAGGUGGGCAAAGGAGUUAUGAUGCGUGGUACGAGUGGUACCCUAACGCGGCUGAGAACUUCGACAUCGACCUGGCAGCAGGAGACGUAAUUGUCGCUCGAGUUGAAUCCUUCUCGCCUAGCAAGGGUGUUGCUAUCAUUGAGAAUCAGUCGUCUGGGCAGAGCGUCACCAAGAGUCUGUCAGCGCCUUCCACUUCUGCUACCCUUGGUGGUCAAAAUGCGGAAUGGAUUGUCGAGGAUUUCAACUCUGGCGAUUCAAUGGUGCCUCUGGCUGACUUUGGCCAAGUCACUUUCUAUGGUGCCCAAGCCCAGGGUUCUGAUGGUGGUGAAUAUGGUGUCAGUGAUGCUGCUAUCUUGGACAUUCAGCAAAACGGCCAGCUCCUUGCGGAUACCUCCAUUGAGAGUGAUACUCAGUUCACGGUGACUUACCAGUAG